CCGCCUUCUGCCCUCACUGCACCGGGAUUAAGGAGAAACCAGUCACCGCAGGACCGGAGCUGCGUCCCGCUCGUAGAAGUUUUUGUGCGAGUUUCCCGCGGAAUGAGUCGACAGCUGCGGCUCGGCAGACUUUACCAGCCCGUGGAUAUGGAAUAGCGGGUUGGAGAGGAGCCCGGCGCCAGGCCUGUGGAUAUCCACCGUUAGCCGGCGGAGCUAGCUGAUAGGAGGCGGUCUGCCCUUGUUUGGGGCGCUGUGCUAACUAGCUAGGUGCUAUUUUUGUUAGCAUCACAGAUAGCCAACCAUCGCUGCUAGCUUGUUUUGAUGCGGACACAUUGAGGGGAGCUGCCGGUGUCCGUCACAUUUACCGCUUUCUCUGAACUUUGUGGAAGUUUGAAGCUAACAGUGGAAGCUAGCAUUGUUUUGCUAAGGAGGCACCGAGCUAGGUAUGAGUCCUACAAAGUUUAGCUUUUGUUUUGGUUGGUGUUAAACGAAUCAGUUUUGACAAGAGGCUUCACGUUGCAGACCUGCCCGUUCAUCACCUCUGCUCAUCCAAGGGGACUUGAGCUCCACUUAUCGUUCGGUCCUUCACAACCCGACCCACCGACCACUGUCUCCUGUCUGCGGCCCCGGCUCCAGCGGCUGGCCCCCUCGGCCCCGAGUGCCCGAUGGAGGACAUGGAGUACUUUUACCAGCAGGUCCUGCAGAAGGACGUCACCCGCCGGCUGCAGGUCGGUCAGGACCUCGUGGAAUACCUGAGCGACCCGCAGCGCUCCGCGGACGUGGAGCAGGACAAACCCCGGCUGGAUAAGACCAUGGACGAGCUGGCGGGAUGGGUGAACUCCAGCAAUUUCAAGGUGACCUUGAUGGGGAUAGACAUCGUUAGCGCAUUCGUGGAGCGCCUGGGAGAGCGGUUCAAAGGAUACCUGUCCACAAUUGUACCAUCUCUAGUGGACAGGCUGGGUGAUGGGAAGGACCAGGUCAGGGAAAACAGCCAAGCUCUUAUCCUUCGCUGCAUGGAGCAGUCCGCCUCGCCCAUGUACGUCUGGGAAAGGCUUCUUCCUGGUUUUAAACAUAAAAACUUCCGCAGUCGAGAAGGAGUCUGCUUCUGUCUCAGUGCGACGCUCAACACGCAUGGAGCUCAGCAGCUGAGCCUCAGUAAACUAGUUCCUCAUCUCUGCUCUCUGACUGGAGACCAGAACCCACAGGUGCGUGAGGCCUCCAUAACAACAUUGGUGGAUGUCUAUCGUCACGUUGGAGAGAAGGUCCGAGCAGACGUAGGAAAGAGAGGCCUGCCUGCUGCACGGUUACAGACGAUAUUCACUCGUUUUGAUGAAGCCUUGAAUUCAGGCAACAUGGCUCUCAGCCCCAGUCACGAUCGUAAUUUUGACGAUGACGACAGUGUGGACGGGAAUCAUUCUUCCUCAGCCCAGGCUGCAUUCAAGGUCCCCAAAGUUCCAAAGAAGCCUGCAGAGUCCUCGGCUGCACGCAGACCCAGUGCUACUGGUGGCAAGCUAGUUUCUAAAGAAAGUGCCGGAGCAGUUGAUGAAGAUGAUUUUAUUAAAGGCUUCACCGACGUCCCUCCAGUCCAGAUCUACUCAGCAAGGGAUCUUGAGGACAACCUCAAUAAGAUCCGUGAGAUUUGCUCCGAUGACAAACACGACUGGGACCAGAGAGCCAAUGCUAUGAAAAAGAUCCGCUCUCUGCUUGUGGCGGGCGCAGCCGACUACGACUGUUUUUACCAGCACCUACGGCUACUGGAUGGAGCUUUCAAACUGUCAGCGAAAGACCUGCGCUCGCAAGUGGUUCGAGAGGUCUGCAUCACUGUGGGCCACCUUUCAAUGGUGUUGGGGAAUAAAUUUGACCAUGGAGCGGAAGGCAUCGUUCCCGUCCUUUUCAACCUCAUCCCCAAUUGCGCCAAAGUCAUGGCCACCUCUGGUGUGUCGGCUAUUCGCAUCAUCAUACGGCACACACAUGUCCCGAGGCUCAUCCCCCUGAUAACCAGUAACUGCACAUGCAAGUCUGUGGCCGUAAGAAGGCGCUGUUAUGAUUUCUUGACCCUUCUGCUGCUGGAAUGGCAAACCCACUCUCUAGAGAGGCACACAGCGGUUCUGGUUGAAAGCAUCAAGAAGGGAAUUAGAGAUGCUGACUCAGAGGCCAGAGUGGAGGCCCGCAAGGCCUACUGGGGUUUGAGGAACCGAUUUCCAAACGAGGCUGACGCUCUCUACAACUCCUUAGAGCCAUCUUACCAGAAGACCCUUCAGUCCUGCCUGAAGAGUUCCGGCAGUGUGGCCUCUCUUCCCCAGAGUGACCGGUCCUCAUCUUCCUCUCAAGAGAGCCUUAAUCGGCCUCUUCCUUCAAAAUGGUCUGCAGCUCCAGGGCGAGUCCCUGCGGGUUCAAAGGGUGGGCUGUCGUCGGCCUCCCUGCAGCGUUCCCGUAGCGACGUGGAUGUAAACGCGGCAGCAUUGGCUAAGCACCGGCAAGUCGGACAGGCCAGGGGCUCGGGUCGCCUGACCCCUGGCUCCUACUCCUCACUGGGGACCAGGUCAGACAAUGGCCGUGUACGUACCAAGCAGCCGCUGUCCACUGCGAGCAGCGUGCCCAGCCAAGUGGACUCGAGAGGACGCAGCCGCGCCAAGAUGGUCUCCCAGUCGCAACCUGGCAGUCGGAGUGGUUCACCCGGUCGCGUGCUGACGAGUACGGCCCUGAGCACCAUGAGCUCCGGGGCCCACAGGGUGCUGGCUGGGGUCGGCAGUGAAGGAAAAAGACGCAGCCGCAUCCCCCGCAGCCAGGGCUGCUCCAGAGACUCCUCCCCCACUCGUCUGUCUGUUGCUCCUUCCAGCAUUAGUUCCAUCUACAACGGUGCGAGUAGAGGAGCUCGGGGCAGUCGUAUCCCUCGGCCCAGUAUGAGUCAGGGCUGCAGCAGAGAGGCCAGCAGGGAGAGCAGCCGGGACACCAGCCCCAUACGCUCCUUCACUCCACUUGGUUCAUCUCUUGGCAUCAGUCAGUCCAGUCGUCUCUCGUCUUCAGUCAGUGCCAUGAGGGUCCUCAACCCAGGCUCAGAUGUAGAAGAGGCUCUCGCAGAUGCACUAAAGAAGCCAGCCCGGCGGCGGUACGAGAACUACAGCAUGUACUCCGACGACGACGCCAACAGCGAUGCGUCCAGCGCCUGUUCGGAAAGGUCCUAUAGCUCCAGAAACGGAGGAGCAAUCCCGACCUACAUGAGACAGACAGAAGACGUGGCUGAGGUGCUGAAUCGCUGUGCCAGUGCCAACUGGUCUGAGAGGAAGGAGGGGCUGUUAGGUCUCCAGGCUCUGCUCAAGAACCAACGCACCCUCAGUCGGGUGGAGUUAAAGAGACUGUGUGAAAUCUUUACUCGGAUGUUUGCAGACCCUCACAGUAAGCGAGACUGCGGCAGAGUGUACGGCACGGCAGAAUCCGGUAUAAGCUCAGCCUCCUUCAAGAGAGUGUUCAGUAUGUUCCUGGAGACCCUGGUGGACUUCAUCCUGGUCCAUAAGGAGGACCUGCAGGACUGGUUGUUCGUCCUGCUCACACAGCUGCUGAAGAAGAUGGGAGCCGAUCUGCUGGGCUCCGUACAGGCCAAAGUUCAGAAAGCCCUGGAUGUCACACGGGAGUCUUUCCCCAACGACCUCCAGUUUACUAUUCUGAUGAGAUUUACUGUCGACCAGACACAGACGCCCAACCUCAAGGUAAAGGUGGCCAUUCUGAAGUACAUCGAGACGCUGACGUUACAGAUGGAAGUUCAAGACUUUGUGAACUCCAGUGAGACUCGGCUGGCCGUCUCCCGCAUCAUCACCUGGACGACUGAACCCAAGAGCUCUGACGUCAGAAAGGCAGCGCAGUCGGUGCUAAUCUCCCUGUUCCAGCUCAACACACCAGAGUUCACCAUGCUGCUGGCAGCUCUGCCCAAAACUUUUCAGGACGGAGCCACCAAGCUGCUUCAAAACCAUUUGAAGAACUCGGGCAACGCUGCACAGGCAACCAUGGGCAGCCCCUUAACACGCCACACCCCCCGAUCUCCAGCCAGCUGGUCCAGUCCAGUCACUUCCCCCACCAACACCUCCCAGAACACCCCAUCACCAAGUGCUUUUGACUACGACACUGAAAACAUGAACUCGGAGGACAUCUACAGCUCGCUGAAAGGUGUCACUGAAGCCAUCCAGAACUUCAGCGUCCGCAGCCAGGAAGACAUGAAUGAACCAGUCCAACGGCGGGAGGGAGACGAGAGUGGCAGCGGGACAGACAGCAGAGGAUCGGACAUGAUGGACGGUGGCGGCCGCAUGGCUCUGGACAACAAGACCUCCCUCCUCAACACCCCCCUGCUCUCCUCCAGCCCCAGAGGAGCCCGCGAUCACUUCUCCGAUUCCCCGUUUAAACACAGCCGCAAAGACACUAGCAUGGACGACUCGGAGCUUCUCACCGACGAAAGCAGUCUGGACCAGUCAGAGCUGGUGGCCGAGCUGCUGAAGGAGUUGUCGAAUCACAACGAGCGCAUAGAGGAGAGGAAGUCGGCGCUGUGUGAGCUGAUCAAGCUGAUUCGUGAAAACACCCUGCAGGUGUGGGAUGAGCAUUUCAAGACCAUCCUGCUGCUCCUGCUCGAGACGAUGGGGGACAGAGAGCAUGGGAUCCGAACACUGGCUCUGCGGGUGCUGAGGGAGAUUCUCUGCAAGCAGCCCUGGAGGUUCAAGAACUACGCAGAGCUCACGAUCAUGAAGGCCCUGGAGUCUCACAAAGACCCUCACAAGGAGGUGGUCCGAGCAGCAGAGGAGACGGCAGCCAUGUUGGCGUUGUCCAUCAGUCCAGACCAGUGUAUCAAGGUGUUGUGUCCCAUCAUCCAGUCGGCCGACUACCCCAUCAACCUGGCUGCCAUCAAGAUGCAGUCCAAAGUGGUGGAGAGGAUUCCCCGAGAGGGCCUGAUGAGCCUGCUGCCAGAAAUCGUGCCAGGACUCAUACAGGGUUAUGACAACUCUGAGAGCAGUGUGAGGAAAGCCUGUGUGUUCUGCUUGGUGUCCGUUUACGCGGUGAUCGGAGAGGACCUCAAACCGCACCUCAACCAACUCUCCAGCAGCAAGCUGAAGCUGCUGAAUCUGUACAUUAAGCGUGCCCAGUCCGGCUCCAGCGGCGGCGAGCCCCCCACUGAUGGCCUAUAGGAGACACCGCACCCUCCCACAGGGCAACCAUAGAACUGCAACUCUUCCUACCAAACAUGAGACACCUGCUCCUGUGCUUACAUCCACACAGACCAACAACGAAAACAUCCUAACACUCUCUCACAUGAGCCAAACUGCUUACAUCUACACGUACGCUUACACUCUGGACAGCAGAGUGACACAAACACACCACGCACACACACACACUAAAGCAAAGGCACACACAUCUACUGCCACACUGCAGGAUGGAAGUUGUGGUGCAGAGGAGAUGAUCGUCAGGAGUUCUCCACCCUGAUAUCUGACUUAAUGACAUGAAAUUCCACCCAGGCUUGUCCGUAGAUCACUGAAGGAUGAAGAUAUGAAAUGUCCGUCCUCUCCACUCUCCAUUAUAACUCCAACACAACAGCAUCUCCUCUGAACAACAUCUUGAUGUCAACAGGAAGAGGUGCAUCUGCAUGGUUCUCAUUUUUCUAACCCGGGGGGGGGAGGAUGUAAUAUUCAUCAAACAGCACUGAGACGAACAAACCGGUGCCGUCUAUGUUUCCUUUGUGAACAGUGAGUAACUGGGGCCAGAUAGAAAGGAAUGUAAAUUUGCAUUGUGUCAUAGUUUGAUUUAAUCGAUGAGGUUUUACUGCAGCUGUUUUUAAUAUCUGAAGGGUUUCUUUUCUCUCGUGCACACACACACACACACACACACACACACACACACACACACACACACAGACACAGGUUCUCUUUCAAAAAGGUGCUUAUGAGCCAAAACAGGUACGACCGACCAACCCAGCACAGGAUCUCAUGUCUGUGGAUCAUGCCUGCUCAUAGCUAAUACAGUACAUAGGCAGAUCCCAAAGUGUAGGAGGCGUCAUGUGCUUGGAUAUGCAUGAGACUAAAUUUCAAAAGAACCUAACUUUUUAUCCGGGUCCUGUUGACUGUCAGAAUAGUGCGACUGAGGUUUUAAAUUGAUGUGAAAAUGUCCGGCCCUUUCAGAUAUCUCCAUGGUGUGGUCCAUUUCUCCCAGCUCAUCGUGGAUCAGUCCAUGGGUGCGUGCUGCUUUUACUACAUGAAGUAUGAUAGGACAUGGCUUAUUAUCGCAUAGUGGAUAUCGAUAUAUAUAUGUGUAUCUAUAUAUGAUAUUAAAAAGGAUUACUCGGUAACAGUGACACCCAGGGGAGGUUGCACGCACGCACCUGUGCCCAUCCUUGUUUUUAAUUUUUUCUCUGUUGCGCGUGCCGUAGUCUGUCUCUCUUUCUCUCUCAUACUUAUUUUUCUCUGCUGAGAAAAUUGUAGAAAUGUAUUAUUUACAGCUCUGAAAAAAACAGUUGUCACAUCACCUUUUUCUCUCCCCUCCGCUUCAUUGUGUUUUUCUUUCCUUCCUCUUGUAACAUUCUAGUUUUCACUGUUGUGUUUCCUCCUGUGCAUUUACAAAGCUGUGCUUACAAUAAAAUAAAGAACUUGUAC